AUGAUAUCCGCGCUGCUAACGGCUUUGUCUUUAAUGAUAUUGUCGCUUGCAUCAGCGGACGUAAACUUUAUGCAAUCUUGCGAGUCUCCUGCGCAGUGUCGAUGCGAUGGCCACGAAGCGACAGAAGUGUCCUGUAGGAAUUUGGGAUUCACCAGAAUACCCGACGACAUACCGGUUAACAUCACUAAGCUAGAUGUGGCCAGUAACAACAUUACGGAGAUAGAUGAACAUGUAUUUAACCGACUGACCCUAUUGGAAGAUCUGGUAUUAGCUGAUAAUCCUAUUAAAGAGAUACACCCCGGAGCAUUUCUAAACAAUAUAAGAUUAAAACGACUGUCGUUCCAGAAAUGUCAGCUUGUCCGGGCGCCAUGUGAAACAUUCCAGAGUUUCAGACAACUGUCGUCCUUACAGCUGGAUCAAAACCAUUUGACUGAGAUCGACGAUCAGUGCUUCGACCAACUAUCUCAAUUGAGGAAUCUCCGACUGGAAAAUAACAAACUCACCAAAGUUCCUAAACAAGCGUUAAGCCUAGUCCCUACCUUAGAAGCAUUAAACUUGGGAAGUAAUUCAAUUGUAGAUAUUUCAAAUGACUCGUUUUCCUCGUUACCCAAUCUGGUCAUAUUGCUACUUAAGAGAAAUCAAAUCGGAUUCGUGGAUGAAACUGCGUUUGAGAGCCUUACUUCUUUGAAAAUAUUGGAACUCGACGACAAUCAGUUGGAUACGGUCCCGGUCGCUCUUGCCAAGUUGACGUCUCUACAGGAGCUGUCGUUGUCCGGCAAUAAUAUUAAGUUCGUGCCCGAUGGCGUGUUGCAGCGAUCACAAGGUCUAGCACUGCUCGAGCUCAAAGGCAACCCGUUGAUUGGCGUACACCCGUAUGCGUUCGCUUCCCUACCGAAAUUAAGAAAACUGGUGUUGUCGGAAGCCAGAGAACUCACCGAGUUUCCGAAUCUUAACGGGACGUCGGCACUCGAAGUGCUCCGAAUCGACAGGGCGAGCAUUUAUUCGAUACCCGAUACGUUGUGUACGACUUGUCCUAAAUUAAAAAGCCUUGACAUCAAGUCGAACAGAUUAUCCAGGAUACCAAAUCUCAAUAAGUGUAAAGAACUCAGAGUGUUAGAUUUGGCUAAUAACCAUAUAGCUUCAUUGGAUGGAUCGUUGUUCCGGAACCUCUCUCAUCUCCACGACUUGUUACUCGGUCACAAUUACAUAACUUCGGUACCCAGAGACGCCUUUCAUGGAUUGGUUCAGCUCAAAGUAUUGGAUUUGGAAUCGAACAAAAUAGACCGCAUUGACGACGAAACGUUUUUAUCGUUUACCCAACUGGAAGAUUUAAACGUGGGCAAAAACGUAUUCGAACAACUACCCACCAAAGGCCUGGAGAGACUGUUGCACCUGAAGACGUUUAACAACCCGAACCUGAGGCAAUUCCCGACACCCGAACACUUUCCCAGGAUUCAAUCUUUGGUGUUAUCGUAUGCAUACCACUGCUGUUCGUUUUUGCCGCUCCAGUCCGAAGACGAUUCGCCGCCAUCUUCCCAGACGAGUCUCCACGAGUCCGUCAUAUUUCCAGCCAACGAAAACGAUUUCGACAUGACUCUCUGGAAUUCCAGCAUGUCCGACAUAUGGCCCCAAUUGCAAAAUUUAAGUAAAAAAUUUGGGACGCAAGUCAAUGAUUUGUGGGAUUCAUUUGGUUCAGACUUCACGUACCCAGGAAAUUUGCCAUCAUACAUGGAAGAAUAUUUUGAAGAACAACAGUUGGAAGGAAAAUCACAGGAUGUGAUGUCAUCAAAAAUCAAGUGCUUGCCACUUCCAGGUCCGUUUCUGCCGUGCCAAGAUCUCUUCGAUUGGUGGACAUUGAGAUGUGGAGUAUGGGUGGUGUUCUUAUUGGCCAUGUUGGGAAAUGGGACUGUGGUGUUCGUGCUGAUAUUCGCCAGAAGUAAAAUAGACGUGCCAAGGUUUCUUGUAUGCAAUUUGGCCGCAGCCGAUUUCUUCAUGGGCCUCUAUUUAGGUAUAUUGGCUGUCGUUGACGCUGGCACCCUAGGAGAGUUCAAAGUGUACGCGAUACCUUGGCAAAUGUCUGCCGGCUGUCAGCUGGCUGGCGUGUUGGCAGUGCUCAGCUCCGAACUUUCAGUUUACACACUGGCCGUUAUCACACUGGAACGGAAUUACGCGAUCACGCACGCCAUGCACCUAAACAAGCGUCUGUCACUUAAGCACGCAUCUUACAUAAUGCUCUGUGGUUGGAUCUUCGCCGGUGGCAUGGCCGCGUUGCCACUGUUUGGCGUGUCUGAUUAUCGCAAGUACGCCACGUGCCUGCCUUUCGAAACCACCACUGGCACAUGGAGCUUGGUUUACGUAGUCUUCCUCAUGUUUAUAAACGGUGUUGCAUUUUUCAUACUCAUGGGAUGCUACUUGAAAAUGUAUUGCGCCAUCAGAGGCUCUCAGGCCUGGAAUUCUAACGACUCGCGAAUCGCCAAACGCAUGGCACUUCUCGUGUUCACCGAUCUGCUGUGCUGGGCCCCCAUAGCAUUCGUCUCUUUGACGGCCAUCUGUGGGUUUCACCUUGUCUCGCUAGAACAAGCCAAAGUGUUCACGGUGUUCGUGUUGCCGUUGAACUCAUGUUGCAAUCCGUUUCUCUAUGCCAUACUGACAAAACAGUUCAAGAAAGACUGCGUGAUGAUAUGCAAAGCCAUCGAAGAGUCCAGAGUGACCAGAGGCAUCGGUAGGUGUAGACACAGCUCCAACUUCAGCAACAGGCAGACGCCGGCUAACACCAACAGUCUGGUGGACAGGUCAUCGCGAGACAACUAUCCACAUCCUCCGUGCAGCUGCAAUGUAAAACUGUUGGACGACAAGUCCGUGAAAACAGAGGAGACAUUCUACGAUUGGCUGAACAUUAAAUUUAGAAGAAUAAUGUCGUGUUUACAGCGAGAGUCUGAUUCGGGCCGACAGUAUAUGAGGAGCGACCGGUACGCUUACCAAAUCGCCGAAAUACAGCAAAAACAGCAUAAGCGCGCGUCGUCGAUGUCUUCUAGUGAAAAUUACAGUUCAUCAAGAUCAGAUUCGUGGAGACAGCAUCAUCACCACCAUCAUCACCACCAUUGUGGCGUACCCUUGAGACUUCUGGACCCAAAACAGAGGCGUGCCAGUUCAUGGAUUGUGACUAGGAAGACUUCGCAAGACUCAAAUCUGUCGAGCUCGAGAAACGACAGUUCGGGUUCCGCCAACACAGCCAGCACUAGUGUAAGCACGAGGGCUUCCAGGUCCAGUGUAGGUUGCAGCGACCAUAAACCAAAGCCUCGGCUGACGCGUCAACCGGCCGUUUUAGACGAUCCCGAGCUGGUAGUGGGUGGUUCUCCUAACAGAUUAAGUGUUCGAUUUUUGGCCACUAUUCCUUCAGCAGCCGAGACCAGUGUUUACAGAGCAGAUACCGAGGACGAAGAUGACGAAAACAGAAUGGAUGAUUCGUUGAGGCCAGAAAAUUCGCCAACGACUACUGCUAGCGAAAGGACUACGCCACCGGAUUCUAAACCAACGUCCCCACAUAGUUAA